AUGGCAAGGGAAGAUGACACUCGAGCCGAUUCCACUGGCGUGGACAUUGAGCUAUCCAUGAAAAAUGUUGACCCUACGCUCAUCAAGCAUGCCAAUGACGCGGAUGAGGCCAUGAAGGUCUUUGAACAUCUGCAAGGCGAGGCAAUUGAGCUUGAUGAAGCCACCAACCGUCGUUUAUUGCGAACAAUUGACUGGCAUAUCAUGCCGGUGAUGUGCUGUGUCUAUGGAAUGAAUUUCCUCGAUAAAACCACUUUGUCAUAUGCGAGCAUCAUGGGUCUAAAGGAGGACCUAGGUCUGGUUGGAGACCAGUACUCCUGGCUCGGCAGUCUUUUCUAUUUUGGAUAUCUUGCUUGGGAGUAUCCUACGAGUCGGCUACUACAACGCUUACCACUCGGAAAAUAUGCCGGCUCUUGCAUCGUGAUAUGGGGAGCUAUUCUCAGCUGUUUUGCGGCAGCAAAGAACUACCCCGGCGCCGUUGCUAUCCGUUUCUUCCUCGGUGUAUUUGAAGCGGCAGUGACCCCAGGGUUUGCGCUUUUGACCUCUCAGUGGUAUACCCGUAACGAACAAGGCAGACGAGUGAACCUCUGGUACAGCUUCAACGGUUGGGGCCAGAUUCUGGGAGGCCUCGUCGCCUACGGAAUCGCUGUUGGCACGGCCAAGCAUGGCUCCUCAAUUGAACCUUGGAAAAUCGUUUUCUUGUUCACCGGAUGUCUCACCGUCUCCUUGGGUUUUCUAUUCCUCUGGAUCGUCCCAGACAGUCAGCUCAAUGCCCGUUGGUUGUCGAAGGAGGAUCGCAUUUUAGCGGUUGCCCGUGUCCGCAUCAACCAACAAGGUAUUGGUAACAAGAACUUCAAAUGGUAUCAGGUUAAAGAAGCUCUCAUGGACCCAAUGACCUGGGCUUUCUUCUUCUUUGCCCUCAUUGCGGACAUUCCGAAUGGCGGAAUCACGAACUUUUUCAGCCAACUGAUCACUAGCUUUGGGUAUAGCAAAGAGCAGAGUCUGCUCUAUGGCACACCUGCUGGUGCGGUGGAAAUCGUGGCACUGCUUCUGAACGGUUAUAUCGGCGACAAGACAGGUCAACGAAUUCUCACUAGUCUUGGCGGUCUUUUUACCGCAACAUUGGGAGUCAUUCUUAUUGUUGCUCUCCCGCUUGAGAACAAUGUUGGUCGCCUGGUCGGAUACUACUUGACGCAAGCCUUCCCGACUUCUUUCGUAGCCCUGUUGUCAUUGAUUUCAUCCAAUGUCGCUGGCUAUACCAAGAAGACUACAGUUGCGGCGCUGUAUCUCAUUGGCUACUGCGUCGGCAAUAUCAUCGGCCCUCUCACAUUCCGACCUGAGGAUGCUCCCAGAUACGUUUCGGCAGAGAUUACCAUCAUCGCAUGCUGGGGAGCUUGUCUCUUUAUUCUGCUGUUCAUCUGGUGGUGGUACCAAAGAGAGAACCGACGCAAGGAUAAUAUUCGAUCUGCGCCCGGCUAUGUCAGACUGGAGGGUCAGGAAUUCUUGGACCUGACUGAUAUUGAAAAUCACGACUUUAUCUACACAUUGUAA